AGACCGUUGCCUGCUUGCUCAUCUAUCAUCUACAAAGUAAUAGCUUUGCUGGCAGCACAUAACCAUACAAAUCAAAGCAUGAGGGGCUGGAAUUAUAGUCCUUCCAACAGUCAAGAAGCAUGCUAGUAGCACCACUAAGGAUAUGGAUGACGCAUUACAUGUCUAAUCUGAACUGCCUUCCUAAAGGUGGUUGGGCUCGAUUGAAGAGAAAAUUCUCAGUUGCAAAUCAGCGACUGAACCCUGCAAUUUUUGUUGAGUGCUAACCUUCAUAGGUCAAAGCUUCACCAAAAGAAUAUGACGGGAAGAUUUUUGUGCAAAACCAAUUCAUAGUGAAACAGAAGCAAAUAGGAGAGCAGCGGAUAUCACAAGCCAGCAUAGCAACACAACUCUAAUGUUUAAGAGCCUAAGCUUAGAGCUACCACCAGUACUUGCACAGUGGGUGGAUCGUCGUACCCCCGCGGUACUUUGAAUUGUAGAAAAACUCUAGCAAAGUCCAUCAAAAAAUUUCCUCCAAAGGAUCAUAUAGAAUCAUUACUUUAUACUCCAUUGUGUUAACUAGCACGGCAACAAGUAAAAUGUAUGAAGUUGCAGUGCCUCAGAAAAACAAAAGCUAACCCUUAUUUACAGGAUGUGAUGGGUUUCGGAGGAAAAACAGCUUCACCUAACUGGCAUUUAUAACAAGUUGUAGCAUAAGCUUACCCCUACGUCAGACAUGGAAUACAAAAUAGAAGUUAAGAUUACCGGUUUCCAGAGAGGGACACUCCUCUUAAUCUCUCAAGAAGCCUUGCCCUUGCAAGUAGCACAGCACCAGGGAGCCUCUCAUUUGAAGUCACCCUAGGCCGGCCUGAUGUGCUUGAAGCUUCCUGACCAAAACUGUUGUUUGAUACAUACUGCCGGGAGACGUGAUCAAACCGUCCAGAGGAUCGUUCCUGGCCAUAGCACAAUGCAUUGCAGAAACGAAUAAGAACAACUAAAAUGAGAUUACCACCUUUAGGAUUUUAAAAACAACGCAGAGAGAAACACAAACUCCAUCAUCUAUUCAUGGGUGCCACUGCUGUGCAGGCUAUUCACAACACCUAAUUUUUCUUAACAUGUUCCAGUGCAGGCAAUAUUCAUGAAACAUCUUCCCCUUGCCAACAAGCAAGCGUUCCAGGUUAAGUCAGGAUUUCAACUGCCUGGUGAUUCCACUGAAAUCCUCACGUGAUUACCCCCUCUCAUGCAUGAAAUUCAAGAACAUAACUUUCCCUUACCAAACACUAACGAGAUUAAUUCCUCUCUUUCCUUAUGCUUAAUUCCCAACGCCCACUUCCAAUUUUCCCCCUAAUAUCCACAAACCCCAAUUUCGCAUUUCUAACCUUGGACAGCUCAAUCCAAAGCAUUUCUUCGAGUUCCUUGGCCCUCGAGUGCAAGGAAACGGAAUACGUGUGGCAAUCAAAAACUUACAGAGGCCCGAUGGCAGGCAUGCCGAACAUGCUGAGAUCUGCGGAGAGUAUCGUAUCCGUCCAAAUCAUGCCGCCCGGCACCGUUGUUGUUGUGGCUGUGGCCGUGGUGAUGGCGCCGGCCAGAAUUUUGGUGAAAACCACGAUCGGAACUGGAAGCCUCGAGGCCGAGGGGUAACUCGGUGCUCAGCCGCCCAACGCGCGACCUUCUCUGGUAAAACAGCUCCGACGCGCUCGUCAUACACCAGAGCAAACAGCAACCAGCACGUCCACAACACGAAAACCUUAUUUCAGGUAAGAUCGUGAGCUAUUGAGAAAGAACAAGGAGAUGGAGAAGCCGAGAAGCGCCGGAGGACGGCGGGUCCGGCACACAGAGUAAGGGAGCUUCUGAGAAUUGAGAAAUGAGAAACAGAGAGAAAAGCACUUUUUCUUUUUGAGUUUUUCCCCGGAAGAUAUUAUUGAUCCAUUGGCGAGAAGAAAAAGCGGUAUUUUCUCUGGAUAAAGUCCGAAAUUAGAAAUUAAAGAUUUUUUUUAUAUAUUCUCACAAUAAAAAAAAGAUUUUUUUUUAUAAUCAUCCAGAUUCAUUCAAAGAACUCGAGAAGAAAGGCAUAAGGGCUAAGGCCCAUUCGCUGUCGGCUUGAAGAACCGGUAUAAACAACGACUCACACUUUAUUGAUUUAAUCAAUUCGUUAAAAUUCAGUUAAUGAAUCAUUAUUUUAUAAAUAAAAAUAUUAUAAAUAAAAAUAUUAUAAAUAUACGACAUAUAAUAAUAGACUAAAUCAUAAAUUCAAAUACUCUCUCUCUAAAAAAAAUAUAGUUACUUAAUCAACAAGAAACUUAUUGCUUAUUUAGUUGUGCAAAUAAGUUUUCAUAUGUUUCAUUGAUGAAAAUAUUCUCUCUGUAGUAGCUGUUGAAACGGAAAAGUCAAUACUAGCUCAAUCAACCGACAAAUCAAUUUGUAUUGUGUGUCCAUCUCUAUUUCCACCAGUUUCUCUAGUAAUUUAGCAAGGGAAGAAAUUUCAAAUUCCUGACUAUGAACCACACUAGCGGCAUAAUAUCGUAGCUCAUUCUUUAAAGAAUGCAUUUUAUAGCCUUCAAAGUCUCGAGGCUAAACUCUUGAGCAAGUUGUUAAUAUUUUGUUUAUCAAAGACCAAAAAUAACUUUUAGGUUCUAAUGCUCUACACAACUGAAUCAAUCAAAUGAUGACUCAACAAGUUUGUAAAAUAUUUUCCCAACUGAAGCAAUCUAAAUAAUGACUGGCAGAGGAAUUCAUUUCGGGUUCGUUCGUCUCCUUGCUCAUAUUUUGUUUUGGGGGGAUUGGAUAAUUUUUUGAGUUUUGACAUGGAAGAGUAAGCUUUAGUUUAGAGUUUUUAUUUUAUUUUAUUUCAGUGAUACUUUAUACUUUUAGUCUUUUAGGUUUCAUUGUUUUUAAUUCUUCAAAUGAAAAUCAUUGGCUAGAAUUUAUGGGCUAAAUUUAGUGUAGUUGUACACUAAAUUUAGCAUUGGGCGGAAUAUCUAGUUGCACAAAAAUAUUAUUAUGAAAUAACACUAUACCAACUUUUAAAUAGUGUCGGGCCGAAUACCUAAAUCGAGAAAAUAAUUAGUACUAUACUAGCUCUUCCACGCAACCCUAGAUCCACCACUGCUCAAGUUGAAGUGGACUAGUCCAAUUAAUGGUUUAUAUGGUUUCAUCUCCAUCCGUUAAAAGUCAUUCGGUCCAUCAUUGAAAUCCAACCAAACAACAAUACAAAAUUGUAUAUUUUAAUGUACAGAAAAUUUUGAUAACGAAGGUGUAGCUAAAUCUAUCGCUUUCGCCUUAUGUAUUGUACAAACAAUAUAUAAAUAAAUCAUGGAAUCUAUUCCUAAACCCUAACCCAAAAUAGUAAACUCCUAAACCAUAAUUCAUAGACAUAAUCAAAUUAUUAGUAAGUAAUUAAGUAUACGAACUCUAAUUUAAAAUACCCUAUAAUUUGAAGCGAUUAUGGAUUUUAGGCUGAUUGAGAUUUUGGGGGUGGAGCCUAGAUCCGGAAGGGAACCAAAAUUGAAAAGAACUGAAAUUGAAAAAUAAGCAAAAGACAUUUCG